AAAAGGUCCCGCCAAAAUUUUGGCACCGCCUUGAAGCAGGAAGAUGAAGCGGAACCUCCAACUCUAACAAAAAAAAUAAGACGACGACUUCAUCCAAUUAUUAUUUCAAGUCACAAUUACCAAUAAAAGGGGGACGCCAUGUCGGGCCCCAACCCCGAAUUCCUCCGUUUCACCGGCCACAAGUCCUUUACACAACGCCUAGUCCUCUCCACCCUGACCGGCCGACCAGUGCACAUCUCCAAGAUCCGCAGCACCUCUCCCACGAACCCCGGCCUCGCGCCCCACGAGGUCUCCUUCCUCCGCCUCCUCGAGGCCGUUACCAACGGCGGCUCGGUAGAGAUCUCCUACAGCGGCACGACGAUAACCUACCACCCCGGCCUGAUCACCGGCUCCGCGGCGGGCGCCGGCGCCCUCGCCGGCGACGUGAUCGAGCACUCCGUUCCGGCCGGCUGCGCGCGCGGCGCCACCUACUUCCUCCUCCCGCUGGCCCUCCUGGCGCCCUUCUCUAAGGCGCACAUGAACGUCCGCCUCUGCGGGCCGGGCGUCGUCACCGCGGCGACCCCACGCGGCGACCCGUCCGUCGACACCUUCCGCACCGCCGUCCUCCCGCUGUACGGCCUCUUCGGUAUCCCCCCGGCGCGCAUCGAGCUGCGCGUCCUCGCGCGCUCCUGCGCGGGGACGGGCCGCGGCGGCGGCGGCGGCACCACGGGGGGCGGUGGCCUCGUGGAGCUGCGGUUCGCCAGCCAGGUGCGGCUGCCCAAGACGCUGCACCUCAACCGGCGGCCCGGGCGGGUGCGCCGGAUACGCGGGGUGGCGUACUGCACGGGCGUGUCGGCGUCGAGCAACGGGCGCAUGAUCCACGCCGCCAGGGAGGUGCUGAAUCAGCUGGUGCCGGACAUCCACAUCGCCGCCCAGUACGACCAGGCCCCGCUCGUGUCGGCGGGGCCGGACAGGGGGGCCGGGAAGAAGAGGGCGGGCAUCGGUUUCGGCCUCAGCCUCGUCGCAGAGUCGAGCGCCGCGGGCGUGUUCUACUCGGCCGACGAGGUGGCGCCGCCUCAGGGCGGGGUUGUCCCCGAGGAUAUUGGGAAGCGGUGUGCGUAUCAGUUGUUGGAGACAAUAUCGCUGGGUGGCUGUGUGAGCCCCGUAUCAUCUUCAACGGUAUUGACCUUGAUGGCGAUGGGCUCGGAGGAUGUGGGGAGGUUAAGAUUGGGCAGAGACGUUGUCGGGAGGGAAGAGACCGUGACCUUGGCAAGGGAUCUGAAGAAAUUUGGCGCCAGCAGUUGGGGGAUACGGGAUGUAGAUGAUGAUGAUACGACCGACUUGAUCGUUUCUGUAAAAGGUACCGGAGUUGGGAACAUUGGGAGGAAGAUGGCUUGACGAACCAUAUCCACUG